CCGGUCUCCUUCUUCGCAGGGGCGGGACGCCGCGCGUCAGGGUGGACGCGCCAUGGACAAACACGCGAAGGCGUCGAAAGUACUUUCGGGGGGGAAGGGGGAGCGGCGUUUAAGCAUGUUCGAGAAAGACAACUAUGCACAGAUCGUAAAAGAGAGACUGAGAAGUUCAAGCCAUGAAGUUCACGGUACGGAACCAAUGGAUAAUGAAUCGUUUGCAGAGUUUGGGAAAAGUGAAAUAUUUACAUUGAAGACUAGCAUGGCAAAAAUAAGAUAUGCCAAUACAUAUAAAAUGGAGCCAUAUAGGAAAUUCCAGGCUCACUUAGUAAGAAACAAAGCUCAACAUAUACUAACGCAGCGACUUCAAGAAACCAAGUAUAAUGGUGUGACUAGUAUCGUCUUGUGUAAUUCAAUCUCAGAAGAAAUAUUAACAGCUGUCAAGGACAUGGGCUUUGAUCGCUAUAAGUAUGUAGUAACAGUCCUAAUCUUGCAAAAGACUGGUCAGGCAAUAAAAAUCUCCAGCAGAUGGGUCUGGGAUGUUGCAAGGGACAACUGGGUUUCAGCUAAAUGUGAAACAGAAUCCUUCAUUUCAUUGGCUUUGAUAAUGGCUUGUUACUAUGAGUAGUUUUGUAAAAGCAGCCUCUGUUAACAGCCAUCACAAUACUCUGUAUAAUUGUUCAAAAAUCUUCAUAAAGUUAUAGUUAUUUUAGAACACUUUCUUUUUUAAGUUAAAAACAGCUGAUACAUUGAAAUGCACAUAAAUUUAAACAAAUUUUACCAAUUAUUUUCUCUAUAUAUUUUUAAAUAUAUAUGGGUGAGUGUGUACUGUAUACAUCUGUCAUAAUGCUGUGUUUAUGAAUUUAUGAAAGGUGCUAAGAACACAAUUUGCAAGGUGCUGAAUGUGGCCUUGCGCAUUCUAAAGGGUGGGGUUCCAACAAAUUACAAGUGACAAUUCCUUUCAUAAAAGGGAAAUAUUCUGCACCUUGAGGUGACUCUGAAACAGAAAAGUAACAUUGUAUUUACUCUCAGUUGUUGUCAUAUUCAUCAAAUUCCACAGCAAUAAUCUCUUCAGAGAUCUAGUAAUAAGGGAAGCCACUGUAAUGUGGCUUAUUUUUAAAAGCUUUUCUUAGAUUAAAUACAUUUUCCCCACUGUAACCAGUUGUUUUUUCUUAUGCCUGUUAAACUCUCAUUUUUGUAUUUUGAAGUUUGGAACAUUUCAUUUAAGGUCUCAGUCCUGCUCCUGUUGAAGUCAGUGGGAGUGUUGUCACUGACUUCACUGAUACCAGGAUGGACCCCAAAUUACAAACCAUCAACUGUUUUAUAAUCCUUAGUCUAGAGGCUGAUAUAUUGUAUUUACUGGAUUCAGUGACUUUUUUUCAUUUUAUCAGAUUGGUUCCUAAUGACAUCAAAGCCAGAAGAGCUGUAAAAUCCAUUCAGUGACAACCUGAAAUCUUAGGAGAUGGAUAUGUAAUUGACAGUUAAUGACAACAAUAUAUAUAUAUAUAUAUAUAUAUAUAUAUAUAUAUAUAUAUAUGGCUAAGACAAAAUUUGCCAAGUAUUUAUAAAGAAUGUUAGAACUGCUGCUAUAUUAACCUAACAAUGACUCAAAUCUGCUAUUAUUUCAUUGAUAUUGUUCAAACAUAACAAUUCAGAAGAAAAUAAAUAGUAUUUGUUUUCAAAAUAAUACAGAUCAUGUUUAAUUUUCUGUUAAAAUGCCUGAUGGCUUGGUAAUGUAAGGUUGUAGUUAAUGCCUUAUACCACAAAGCAAGGGUGGCUUUAGUGUCAGGGUUCAUGGGUUCAGUUGUACCUGUAGAAAUCAUCCUGCAGUGCUGGCUCUUGUCCCAUGGGGCUGGGCCAUAUUCCCUGCUCUGGGCAUUGUGACAUGGUGCUGUGACCCUGUGUACCAGGUUACAAUGCCCAGAGCAGGGAGCCAUGCCCAGCCCUGUGGGCAGGAACUGCUGCUACUGGACAAGUGUAGUGCUGUCUUGCUCUUCAAGCCCCCUGCCUCCUCUCACCCAGGACUUCCCCUCCCCAUUAGGGUUGUGGGGGCAGAGCAUGCUGCUGUGAGUGGUCAGUACCCGUCCCCUCUUCAGUUUAGUAUAGUGCAUGCAUUGAAUCAGGAGGCUACAUCCACCCCUGCUACAAAGCAAAUACUCUUACACAGGCAAAGCAUCAGAAUGGAAAUUUCACCUGGACAUGGUAACAACUGGCUUCUUCAAGCUUAAUAAACUUGGGCUCCAAUCCAGUAUUCAUAUGUGUAAAUAUACAUAUAUAAUGUAUCAUAUAUAAAGUUCAUAUCCUGCAAAUGCUAACACACAUAAUAACUUUGCACAUGUGAGUGGUCCCACAGAACUCAAUGGAACUACUCCCAUGAGUAAAGAAAGAUACACAUGCGCUUAAGACCUUGCAGAAUGAGGGCCUUUUCUAUAAGUAGGUUUGGCAGAAUUCAGUUUUUUAUAAUUUUGAUGGAUAAUAUCACUGUUUAUUUUUAAGCUUUUUUCUAUUUGCAUUUUCACAGUUGCACCCAAUUAUGGAUUUUAAGCAUUUUUUAUUUGUAUUGAUUUACAUUUUCACAGUUGCAGGAAAUUAUGGGUUGACAGAAAAUAAUUAUUUAAUAACGACAAAUGUUGAGAUUUAAAAAGUUCAAACUUUAUAAUUGUAAAAACACAAAUUGUCAACAUAACGUCAAAAUAUAUAAAGUAAAUAUCCUUGAAUCAAACUUAAGUUCUUAAGCACCAUUUUUAUUACUUUGCCUUUGUAAAUUUCCAUUAUUGAUGGAAUUAUUUUAUGUCAGUUUGUGUGUGUACAGUGAAAUCAACAUUUACUGAGUAAAAAUCUUUCAAUGCUAUCUAUAAGGGUUUAUCCAUAUUUUGUUCUUCAUUUGAACAGCUUGAAUGGUAAUAUAAGUCCUACGUUAACAUGGAGGAGGUAAUCCACCCUUUAAUGACUGGAACUGAUGUGAAGCUAGAAUUCAAACUUUGUACAGUGUAUGGCGGGACUAUGUGUUCAAUAGUUUCUCUAUGCAAAACACUGUAGAACAAAUUAGCUUCAAAGAUUUUUUUUCAUAGAAGUGUGGUUUUUUAUGGAGAAGAAAUUGUGCAGUAUGUAAAUAUAUAAAAUGUCACUGGUUGACACUUUAAUAUUCUAAGGCUGUCACCUACUGUAACCUUAUGUAAUACUGAUCCACCCAAUCUUGGUGCACAAGUCAAUUUCUUGAUGUUAGUACAUUUCAGUUAUUCUUAAAGUUUCUAUAAACUUUGAGGAAAUGACUUUUUUUUAUUUGUUUAUGUGUGGCAUGAAUAAAUACAGAUUUACA